AUGACUCAAAAUAAUGAAGAACUGCCUUUCAAUCCAUACAACCCUAUAAAGACAUAUAGAUUGUAUUCUUCAAGGAGCCAAACAGCUCAUCAACCUAAUAGAUAAAGUUCUGUUAAAUUAGUAUAGUAGUAAAAUGUGGCCAGCAAUCAAUAUACAUAGAUGGGAAUUCAUAAUUAUGCCCUAUUUAUCAGAAACUCAGAAAAUAAAGGUUUAAAAUCAGAUAAAAAUUUCCAUGCCUAUAUAAAGAAAUUGGAAGAAAACAGAAAAUUGUCUAAGAACUUAAUUUAAUAGACGAAAUAGCAAUAAAAAUGUGAAUAAAUGUAAACACAAUAAUAUGAGGAUGAAGCAAAGAAGCCAAGUCAUGGCCCUCAUAUGAAAAACACAGCUAAGGAUUAAAAAAAAGAGAAGUUUCAGCAUCAGAUUACUGAAAUGAUAGCAGAAAUAAAGAGUCCAUUCUAUAAGAAAGGGAGAUAUUUACUAAAUGAAGACAAGGAUAAAGAGAAGAAGCUUGCAAAACCAUUAUUUUAUGGAAUUUAAAAUUAGACUUAAUCAUCAUAAAGGAGAAAACUUGUCUUUUCUUAAGUUGACAUAAACAAAUUAAGAUAUAAGAUCUUUUUUGAUGAUUACAAUCCAUUAUAAAGAAUUACAACAAGCCAAUAAAGUUUUUAAAAAGAAGAAACAAUUAAUGAAUCACCAUUAAAGACAGAAUAACAAUUCUUUAUUGAAUAAUGA